CCUCUCGCCACCCCCAUUAUGGUCAGCCACCAUUUCGGGGUUUACAUUCAAUGUUGGCGACCAUAAUGACUUGCAGGCCAUACGAGCGAUCAUAUAUUUCGCUGCGUUCGCGUCCUGUCGCUCUCCCUAUUUGCGUAAACACUCAGAUACCGGAACCACCCCAACCCUUUGAUCUACAGACGACGCCGAGCCAAAGCAACUCGAUCUAAGUACUUCAACAUGCCCUACAAAUCAAGAUGGCAAUUGACACCGCCAGCACUGUCAGUCCCGACAUUCAUGUUUGGUUCUUCGUCCUCCAGCAUCAACACCACUAAUAAAAUCAUCAUCGACGCAAAACGGCCCGACACCCACUUUCUCACUCUCCAUACCUACCGCGAAUGGUCGAAGAGAUUUGCUGCGGGCGUCCAAUCCGCAGGACUUGACAAUGGGGAUCGCGUUCUCUUGUUUUCCCCUAACAGCAUCUUCUACCCUGUUGUUGUUAUGGGUGCUUUGAUGGCCGGGGCCAUCUACAACAGCGCGAAUCCAGCCUAUACCGCGCGUGAACUCGCGCACCAGCUCAAAGACUCCAGUCCACGAAUCGUCCUCGCAGCGGAGAGCUGCAUAGAAAGAGCCCUGGAAGCCGCUGAUCUCGUCGGCUUUGACAAGAAACGCAUCUUUCUAUUUUCCGAGGUGCCUGUGGACCACACGAUAGAGGGACCGCCAGUUCCCAACGCCAAAGUCCACCAUUGGAGUGAAUUGCUCGCAAAGCCUGAAGUUGGUCGAAAGUUUGUCUGGGAAGAGCGCAAUACUGAGGUGUUUUCUGAGCGCACUGCAAUCCUGAUUUAUUCUUCAGGCACUACCGGCCUUCCUAAAGGCGUUGAGCUCUCCCAUAGAAGUUUGAUCGCGAAUAUGCUUCAACUCAAAACAAUCUCGAUGUCCGAUCCCACUGUUGUCGCUCGGCGGACAUUGUGUGCGGUUCCAAUGUACCAUGCACUUGGGUUGUGCUACUAUACCUUCACAGCGCCAAAGUGGGGUCUCGAGACGUACUUGAUGGAACGAUUCAGCCUGGCAGAUUUUCUAGAUCACAUUCAAAGGUUCGAAAUCACGGAACUGGUGCUCGUGCCCCCGAUGUUGGUUGCAAUGGCCAAACACCCUUCGGUUCGCGACGGCACCUGCGAUAUCAGCAGCAUCAGAAAGGUGGUGGCUGGUGCGGCGCCAAUCGGUAUGGAAGUAACGCAACAGUUCGAGGAGCUCUGGAAUGGUAGAGUCAGAGUGCGCCAAGCUUGGGGAAUGUCAGAAACACCAGCAAUCACGCUGUGCUGGGACGAACGCGAGAGCUUGGGCCCGUCGUCAAUAUCAAUCGGCGAGUUAGUCCCCGGAUCAGAAGCAAUGGUGGUCAAAGAGAACGGCGAGGAAGAAAUGCGGCCGGGCGAGACAGGAGAAUUCUGGAUCCGGUCUCCGAAUGCAAUGAAGGGAUAUUGGCGCAAUCCCAAAGCCACUGCCGAAACUAUCAGCAGUGGCUGGCUAAAGACCGGCGACAUAGCAUAUCGAGACGAGGCUGGAAAGUGGUACAUGGUUGAUCGCAAGAAGGAAUUGAUCAAAGUCAAGGGUGUCGCAGUAGCGCCAGCCGAACUCGAAGCUCUUCUUCUCGAACACAACGAGAUCGUGGACGCUGCAGUGAUUGGUGUUAAGACGACGACGGAUGACGAACGGCCACGCGCUUAUGUUGUGCGAGCACCGGGCUCUCGGAUCACUGAGAAGGAUGUGGUGGAUUUCGUCAAGGCUCGAGUGUCCACAAUCAAGCACCUCACAGGAGGUGCGGCCUUUGUUGAUGCUAUUCCCAAAAACCCUUCAGGAAAGAUAUUGAGGCGGCAGCUGAGGGAGCUCGCUGCAAAGGAGACGGGGUCGAAACUGUAGCCAGGUUCUGGCGAGCAAAUAAAGUCGCGGCGCGCGAGCGAUGGACGGCAGAUCUCCUAUAAAAGUACACAUUCCAAAAAGUGAAGGCAUUUGGCAUAUCACAGAUGCGACCCACUGAGCUUCCGAAGGCCCAGAAACCUCACCACCUGUCCAAGAUGAUCGAAACCCCAAAAGAACUCCUCCUGCCCUUCUCCAGUUACAGCUUUUAUCCAGGGAAGACCUGGAGACCCACUAGCAAUCGCGAUUUCGGUAUUCUGUUUCAGGAGGGACUUGA